GGGCCUCAGCGUGGCCUGACCCUGCUGCCAGGGACUCUGUCCUCAGUAACCAUGAAGAUGAUGGCCAGUUUGUGGAGCUUUUCUCUGUCCAGCUGCCUCCUCUCCCUGCUCCUCCUCCUCCAGCUGUCAUCCAGCUAUGCAGGACAGUUCAGAGUGGUAGGACCAGGGCAUCCCAUCCGGGCUUUAGUUGGGGAUGAAGCAGAACUGCCAUGCCGCAUAUCUCCUGGGAAGAAUGCCUCGGGCAUGGAGGUGGGGUGGUACCGUCCUCCCUUCUCUAGAGUGGUUCAUCUCUACCGAAAUGGCAAAGACCAAGAUGCAGAGCAGGCACCUGAAUAUCGGGGACGCACAGAGCUUCUGAAAGAUAGUAUCGGUGAGGGAAAGGUUACCCUCAGGAUUCAGAAUGUGAGGUUCUCAGAUGAAGGAGGCUUCACCUGCUUCUUCAGAGAUCACUCUUACCAAGAGGAGGCAGCAAUGGAGUUGAAAGUGGAAGAUCCCUUCUACUGGAUCAACCCUGGGGUUCUGGUCCUCAUCGCACUUCUGCCUGCACUCCUGCUGCAGAUCUCUGUAGGCCUGGUCUUCCUCUUUCUGCAGCACAGACUGAGAGGGAAACUUCGAGCAGAAGUCGAGAAUCUCCAUCGGACUUUUGAGUCCUUUGGUGUUUGA